CGAUGUAAGGCUGAAGGGAAAGGCGUCCAAUCAGGUCGGGGGAGGGGGGAGCGACCCGACUACCGAAAGCAAUGCCAAGAUCCUGCGUGCUGCGGCCAUGGCGGAGACGGCGGACUCGCGCUCCAGCAGCGACUCGGAGCAGGAAGGAACCCCAAAGAAGCCUCUCCUCAAGCGCCGCCGGAUCUUCACGGAUAGCGCUGUCUCGGCGGUCCCAGUUUACUCCAACAAGGUUCAGAACAGUCUCCAGCUGUUCCCUGAGUCUCUGAAACUGCCGAUUGAAGUCCCAGAGCUGCCCUCUGAGUUCCAAGUACUUGGUGUAUCAGAUGAAGAGGGGGAAACUCCAGCAAAGCAAGUGGAGCAAGAAACAAGCAGAUAUCAAGAUCAAUCACCUUCACCUCCACCUCCACCACGGCCAAGGAGAAACUGCCGUAGAGCCAGAAUCCUUGAUAAGACACUGAAGAAUUUGGCCUCCUCUCUCUCAGCUGCCAAAAAGAGUUUGCAGGAUGAGGGGACAGGGGCAGACAGUGAUGACGUGAUUCUGAUUGAUACACCUGAGCCUGCCAAGUCCCGGGAGUUGGUAUUGAAAAUCCGGUGUCGGACAGACCUUUACAGAAUCUCAGUUCAGAUGACAGACCCCCUUCAGAGAGUGGUUGAACACAUGGCACACACGCUGAAGGUUCACCCAAACAGAAUAUUACUACUUCUUCGGGAUCGAGAACUGGCAGCUGAUGCCACACCUGGGGGCCUAGGUUUAGGUGUGGCUGAUAUAAUUGAUUGUGUAGUAGAAACAACCAGCAGAGAUGUUACAAAACUGCGACUUCGAGUGCAAGGGAAAGACAAAAACUCACAGAUGGAGAUCACUGUCCAGAAGGAGGAGCCAUUCCAAAUAAUGAUGAAUCGCUAUCGUCAAGCUCAAGGCCUUGGCCGACGCAAACUCAUCUUCCAUUUUGAUGGACAGCAGCUGGUGGAAACCUGGACCCCUGAAGACUUAGGGAUGGAGUCUGGUGAUGUCAUUGAAGUGUGGAGCUAAAAGCCCUUCAGUCUCUUUGAAGAGGGGUUUCCUACUUGGACAGACUUAAUCCUGUACUACCUUCCACUUCUUACCUUCAUUACAGCUAAUGUGUGAUACUAAGUGGAAUAAUCUAACUUUUCUUAAAACAAAUAUGAGACAACCAAUACAUUUUUUACCUAUUUCAGGACAAAAGGCAAUACUCUAUCCUCAUUUCAUUUUCUUUCCCUAUACUCAUUGUUUGGAAAACUUAAUAAAGUCCAGUAAUUUAUCUCACUCUGUACAUGGGAAGAAAUUCAGCUCCCAGUAGUGACAGAUGUUAAAUGAUCAGAACACCAUUUGCUUUGUUCAAACAGUAGUUCUCUUCCAUUUGUCUUUUUAAAAAACUUCCUGUUUAUUCUGAGUUUCUGUGUCUUUGACCACAUUGGCCAAGGAAGUUGAUAGUGUGGCACCAUGCAUUAUCUAGAAAGUGGGAAAUAUCUUAGUCAGUGUAACGUUCCUCUAAACCUUUAUUAGUGGUAUAAGUGGAGGAUCCCAGUUGCCUAUCUUUGAUUAAAGAAGGGAGAGAGAAUGUGUUGUUUUCUAUAUAUACUGUUAGACUGCAACUUCCUACUCACCACAGCCAAUGUGAAGAAUGCUAGGAAUGUGGAAGCCUACAGAAACUGGAGGGUGCACUUUGUCUACCUUUGAGAAUAAAAGCCAAACGUCUUACAUUUUUACCUGAGGUAAUUUUCCUACCUUUUUGGAUAUCUUGUUUACCCUUACUAUUUAUUAGCUUUGUAACUUUGUUUCCAUUUUGACUAGAAUUCCAAAAAGAAAUUAAAAACAAAAAUUAGAACCACA